ACCAUUUCCAAGUAUGGUAGGGUCUGGCACCUAUCCUAAUACAUGCAGGGACGACUAACGUUGCGGAAGACGGUUGAACCGGGCCGCAAGAGGCUGCGCACCAUCCAUCCCGCCUCACUCUGCUAGGCCGCUAACGUGACUCACCCUUCACUUUCCAGAAGUCGACCUCACUGGGAAGUUGUUGCAAUGUCAAAAAGGAAGCCUUACGCUCAAAUCAUAGACGGCAUCCCGCGCAGUCCCAACUGUGACCCGGAUCUCUUGAGAGCAGCCCUGGAGUUCCGCGCCCAGAAAGGCGACCUGGUUCUCUCGACGUACCCCAAGAGUGGUACUCACUGGAUGAUGUACAUCAUACAGUUGAUUCUAAAAGAAGGUGAACCAGUGAGCUCUUUUGACGAGUUCAUGCACAACUUGCGCGUUCUAGGGGUCGUCGAGUUCGACACGUGGAAACCUACUCUUCCGCUGCGCUUGUUUGCCACCCACCUGCCAUUAAGCACCACCACCAUGAACAAAGACGCAAAGUACGUAUACGUAGCAAGGAACCCGUGGGACUUGUGCGUCUCUUCCUUCCACAUGAUCACUACCUUCGACAUUUAUCGCUUCCGGGACGGAACCUUCGAGGAACUGUUCGACGCGUUUCUGGAGGGCGACUGUGCUGGCCAGGGAAGCUACUUCGAUCACGUUGCAUCGGGUUACGCCUUGAGGGACCAGCCCAACCUGUUCUUCGUAACCUACGAGGAACUCAAGACGGACACUCGAAGUGUGAUACUGAGGCUGGCUCGGUUUCUAGGUGACGAUUACGGCGAUAAGCUGGAAAAGCAGGAAGAACUGAUGCAGGAUAUUGUGGAUCGGUGCGCGAGCGAGAACAUGAAGCACAUCCUUGCACCUGAAUCCCAAGGUCACGCCGACCGUGAUUGGUACAACGAAACCGAGCGAAGUAUGUCAGCCAACAGCAGAAUCUCUGUGGAGAACAGCAAGCAAUUCAGCUACGUCAGGAAGGGUGACGUUGGUGGGUGGCAGCGGUAUUUUACUAGAGAUCAACUGAGACGCUUAGAAGCUAGGAUAAAGCAGCUUGAAGAGCAUUCACGCGUAAUGGAUCUUUGGAUGGACACUCGAGCAGCUGCCCUCAAGAUUAUUGCGAAUGAAUGAAAUUAAAUGAGCGAAGGUUUCCUUCAGUGGUCAUCAACGAAAAUAAAAAAAAAGACAGU